AUGGGUGGAGUAGAUUUAAGGGUGGUGGGAGCAGACGAUGGAACUUCACGUAGCAGCUUGUUAGCGUUGAUAGUAGCGUCCUCUUGGACUUGCAGAGGACGAUCGGCAAGUCGCAAAAGGAUCGACGACGGUCCUGGUCUCAGGCCCUCGGCGAUUCGACUCCUGAAGAUCCACACCGGUGGAACACCUCGCUGGAUAUUACGGCCACGACGAGAAGAAACCAUAACGACCAGAGUGGAGAGAAAAAUCAAAGGUGAAAUUAUUGGUAACAAAAAGGAAAUGGAAGUAGCCGAAGGCAAUGGGGAAGAAGUCGGAGGAUCACGGCAGGAUUUAACGAGGGCGGGACAGAGGAUCGCUUCUCAUCCCGCUUGGAGGAGGAAAAGUAACCACUGA